UGAAAGGCGCACCACAUGUGGCGCAAUGGCCCUCGCAGCAAGCGGGGACAAAUGGCAGCAACAGCUGGAGGGUGGUGACAAGGGCAGUGAGAAUGGCACUGACUUCGUGCUGCAUCGCUACUUCCCCUUGGCAGUUGCCAUGGCGGUGAUGGCGACCCUGGGCGUGAUAGUUGUCUUCGUCGUGCUACAGGCUCGAUCAGCCGGGUGCCUUCGGCGCAAGACCGCUAAGGUCCGCCAAGGAACUGAUUGCGAGGCCCUGAAACCCGGCGGGAAAAGUUGCGAGUGAAGCGACAGGCCACGACGACGACCGGGGCCAAUAUCAAGCGAUGGCUACGGGACCACGAACAGCCAGCAAAUCCCGUUGGGAUGGCCGAAAGCAUUGCCCUGAAUUUGGCCGUCUUGGCGGCAGGCCUUGUGAUCUUCUACAUCAUGCGCAUGUGCCGCCGCGCGAGGCGACGUAAGAGCAGCUUCUCGAGCGGCCCCUCCGAAAGGCUGCUGAACAUCAGCUCCGAGCGGAGCGCCUUCGAGCUGGGCCCCGGGUUUCACUCCACCGCGCUCAACUAUCUCAUUUUUCUCCGGGUUGCUGCGGAGAUGUGUACAGUGCUGACUGUGGCCUCUGCGCUCAUUGUGAUUCCCCACUGGGGCGUGAUGCCCUUUCUGUUGGGAGGCUACACGGGCCGCGUUUCCCUCGCAGAGGACAUCGAUUGCGAUGGCAUUUGUCUGCUGUGCUUGUUGGUGGCGGUGCUGGGGGUGCUGGUCUUGCUCUUCUCGGAGUUCCGCAUGAAGCGACACAUGCGGGUCAGGACGGCCAUGCAUCCGAAGUACAUCAAGUGGCUGGACCAGGCAUUAUGGCUUACCCACCUGCCAGUGGGCGACCAUGCCACGGGCAAGAAGUUCAAGCUCACUGACAAGGACUUCGACCGCGUGGAAGAGUCCCUGAAGCGAGCCAUCGAGGACAAAAUCGCGGAGGUCAUGGAUAAGCAGGACGAGUCAAAGGUAGAGGCAGCUGCAAGCGCCAGGAAGGAGGAUGACGACGAUGGGGUCGAAGCGGAUCUCAAGCGCAAAGUGCGCACCGGAGCCCUGGCUCACAAUCCACCAGGCCGAGUCCUGCGGGUGCACGUGGCCUUUGUGGUGGACGAUUGGUACCGGGUGGACAGCAGGCACAAGGAGACCUGUGAGAGGCUGGAGCUACGGCAGCAGCAGUUGGAAGCGCUUCGACAGGAGGCUUCGAGAUGGUGCUGCUGGAACAGGUUCAGGCAGCGGAUGCGAAUCCGCAGGCUGGAGCGGCAGACGCGGCGCCUACAGGACCAGGUGCACCGUCUUGGCCGAGAUCUGACGGAGAAGGAAAGGGAGUCUCGGGCCAAAAAGAUGAGCGGAAGCGCUUUCGUAACCUUCCAGGACAAAGCCUCCAAGCAAAUCCUGCUGAAAGACCUUCCCACCUGCUGGAGGUGUCAGCAGCACGCCUACUUCAACUUUGGCCAGCCGCCCUUCAACUCAGUGACCUUGAGGUGCCGACGGGCGCCGCACCCGGCCGAUGUGCUUUGGGAGAACCUUCACAUCUCUUACGCAGCCAGGCUGGUGCGGUUCUUCGUGGGCUCCGUUCUGCUGCUGAUCUUCAUGCUGGUGCUGGUGGCCCCGCUUUCCAUCUCCUCCGAGUUGAACGUCUUCAUCUCGGAGCUUCGGCGCGGAUCCGACGCCUUGAGAGACAAGGUAGAGGAGAAGCUCGGGGUGAGCCUUCCGGAGAAGGAGGAAUGGUGGCAAUCCUUGUACGUGCAGCUGCCCACAAUGGUGCUUUUGUUCAUCAACUCCUUGCUGCUGCCGUACCUGAUCAGCGGAAUUUGUCUCUUUCAGCGCAGCCACACCCUGUCCAAGGCUGAGAUCAACCAGAUGAACCUGAACUAUGUCUUCUUGGUGCUGAACCAGCUGCUGAUUCCGCUGCUGGGAUUGACAGGCAUGCCGGCGCUGCUGGAGUUCCUGGAGGUAAAGCUCAACGACCACAAGGAGGACAUCUCCAUUCUGCAGCUGCUGGAUGGGACUCUGCUUCGGUCUCCUGGGCUUUUCUACGUCCGCUACUUGUUGAACUGCGCGUUCAUGACAAACACCAACAGCUUGCUGAACUUGCCUCAGCUCUGCAUGCGAUGGCUCUUCGAGGAGGCGGAGCCUUGGCCUUUCGCCUGGGGCUAUUGGUACGCCUUCGCCCUGGCCACCCUCACGACGGCAGUCAGCCUCGGCAGCUUGGUGCCUGCUCUUUUUCCGAUCGGGGCCCUCCUCUUUGGGAUGAAGUACCGCGUGGACAAACACAUUCUCAAUGAGCGUGCCUAUCUAUGCGGUCCCGAAAGUCAGGGCCUCUUCCUGCCCCGUGUCCUCUUCAUCAUGCGCAUGAUGGUGGUGGGCUCCUGGUUGGCGGUGGGCAGCUCGCUGCGCCUCACCGCCAGCUUCUUCCAGGGCCGCUGGGACUCCCCGGUGCCGCUCCGCGUCUUGGAGAACUCCUGCUCGCUCCUGGUUGCCUUUGCCGUGCUGCUGGGGGUUUGGAGCCUGUGGGAGAAGGGCAACGAUGUGCACACGGCCCGCUUUGAGUGGCUCUGUUACUCUGGCAACAAGGAGCACGAGAGCAAUCUAUUCGACAGGUCUUUGGACGCGAUCUUCGGCAAGCUGGGUGAGGUGAGCGCCAAAACGGAGGUCACCGUGCAGCAGCAGCCGUCGAGGAUGCUCAAGGCGGAGCGAUGCAAUUCUGAGGACUUGCAAGAGAUGGACUGGGCUGCCACUACCCUGGACUUUAGCCGGCGGAAUUCCAGGGAAGUGGAGGAGCAGCAGACCGAGGACUCAAACUUCCAGCUGAUCUGGGACUGCCGCCGGUGGACGUCCUUUUGGCCGGAUUACCGCAAGCGAGCUCAGAUGAGUGUGCGGGACAUUGUCAGUUCUGGACACUUUGACGAGCACCAGUUCUCGCUGGAUGAGCAGUAUGAAUCACAGAGUUUCGUCCCGCCUACCUAUUGAAGCUGCCAUCGAAAGGCAUGCAGAAAAUCGCGCAGUGCAAGCUGUGUGCGUCAGUUGAUGAUGCUGGCCCUAGACGCAAAAGCCCUCUGGGAUAGUUGUAAGAUGCAAGGUGCACGGGAUGCGAGAGCAGCAGCUUGAUGUGAGCUGAUGGCUUCCUGGAAGCCAUCAGGUCACAGGGUGUGCAACCAGCCAGGCGAUGCAAGCGGUAGGCGGUCCCUUCAACGAAGGUGUGCUCGAUGAGAUC